AUGAACAAGAUAAUUUCUUAACAAAGUAUAAAUAGCUCAAGCUUGCUUGAUUUUACUUUUUCAAACUUAAAAUAUUCUGUAAAAUCUAGCAAAGGAGUUAAAGAAAUCAUAAAAGGAGUAGAUGGUAUUUGCCCAAACUCUUAAGUUACUGCAAUAUUAGGAUCUUCAGGAGCAGGAAAAACAAGCUUAUUAAAUAUUCUUACUAAAAGAAUAUAAAAUUCUGGGAAAUAAAUGUUAGAAGGGAGAGUCUAAGUUAAUGGAAAAGAGUAUACAGCAGAUUAAUUUUCUAAUUUCGCAAACUAUGUUAUGUAAAAUGAUAUUUUAAUGGAAACUAUGACUGUAAGAGAAUGUCUUGAGUUUGCUGCUUGCUUAAAGGUGAAAGGAACCCAGUAAAAAAGAGAUGAUGUAGUAAAUGAAGUAAUAAAGCUUUUAAUGCUUGAAAAAUGCUAAAAUACUUUGAUUGGUGGCCAUUUUGUUAAAGGAAUUUCAGGAGGAGAGAGGAAGAGAACAUCAAUAGGAUAUGAAUUAGUUUGCGAUCCUCAUGCAAUAUUCCUUGAUGAGCCAACAUCAGGACUUGAUAGUUUUACUGCUUACAUAGUUAUAAAUAGACUUAGAAAAUUUGCUCAUGAAAAAAAUAGAACAGUUGUCCUAACUAUUCAUUAGCCUUCCUCUGAUAUUUGGUAGAUGCUUGAUAGAAUUAUGCUGAUGGUAAAUGGUCGAUUCAUUUACCAAGGUCCUGGCAACACUGAAAUAUCUAAUUACUUUAAUAAUUUAGGAUUUGUAUGUCCAAAUCUUUGUAAUCCUGCUGAUUAUUACAUGUCUAUCAUGCAUCAAGAAAACGAAUAAAAUAUUAGAAAUGCACCUAUCUAUUUUUAAAGCUAUGAUUCUAUGAUUUUGAAGAAAGUUGAAUAUGAAAUAGAAAAUUCUAACAAACAUUAAGUAUAACUUAAUGUAUCUUAUACUUCAAUAUUUUUGCAGUUCUACUAUAUUGUGAAGAGAACUGUCUAAAUUCAACUAAGAAGUCCUAUUCUAUUUAAAGCAAAGUUGGGUUAAGUGCUCAGUUUAAGUGUUUUUUUGGGUCUUAUUUAUCUAUAAUUGCCAGAUGGUAAGAAUGAUCCUCAUAAUAUAAAUGAUGUUAGAAAUAAAAAUGGGUUUUUAUUCUUUUUGGCUUCAGGCGCUUUUAUGGAAGCGAUGAAUCCUUGCGCUUUAACUAUCCCACUUGAAAGAUAAGUAUUUUUGAGAGAAGAAAAUUCUAAGCUGUAUAAAAUAAUUCCAUACUUUUUUGGGAAGUUAUUUGUUGACCUUGUUUCUGAUUUCAUUAUUCCUAUUAUCUUCUCUUCAAUAGGUAUUUUUAAAAUAUUUAAUUCAAUAUUAAUUAAUUCAUACAAAAUUAAUAGUUUACUGGAUGGUUGGGUUGAGAGAAAGUUUCGAAGCAUUUUUAUUCUUUACUUUGGUUUUAAUUAUGCUACAGUUUAAUGGAAUUGCUGCUGGAUAUUUUGAAGGUUGUCUCUUCAAAGACCCAGAUACAGCCUUUGCUGUUGCCUAAUUAGUCACAGUUCCUUUUUUGCCUUUCUCUGGAUAUUACAAAAAUAGCUCUGAUUUAGCUUCAUGGAUUUCUUGGUUUUAAUAUCUUUCCCCAUAUACAUAUGCCUAUCAAGCGUUUGUCAGAAACGAAUAUGAAGAAACCUACUUUAUACCUAAUCCUAUAGACUCAGAAAAUAUAGAAUUCCAUAAAUGGGAAGCAGUUGGAUACUUAGCCCUUAUGUUUUUAGGAUUUAUUACAUUAGCUUUGUUCUUUUUAUACAGAUCAAAAAAAACUUUAUAAUGAAUAAUUUAUUAAAUUUAUAAAAUUCUAAUUUACUAAUUAAUAUACCUUUUAAACUUGUAAAUACACUCAACCAAUUUAUAUAGUAAGUUUUCUUUAAGUUGUCUAUAAUCUAAAAUAACUGAAU